AAGGAGCGAUAACUGGGGUAGCAGUAGAUAUAAACGUUGACCAACUGAGGGCAAAUAUUCCCGUUGUAUGUGAUGCUCGUCGUUUAAAGCGACGCAGACAGGGUGGCGAGAGUGGAGAAACAGAAGAGUCAUUGUCUGUUCUUUUGAGUUUUGAAGAUCAGUCUUUGCCUGACAAAGUGAAGUUAGGAUAUAUAAAUUAUCCUGUAUGUGCCGAGUACGUUAAGAUGUUACAGGUGUCAAGCUUUAUUGGCAUGUGGCAGCAGUGUGUAGGAGGGAGGGUCCAAGGUGUGAGAAAUGUGCAGAAGGGCAUGAGACAAAGGAAUGUGUAGUAUUAGGGGAAAGUAGUGGAAUGUGUUAAUUGUAGGGGUGCCCAUUGCGCUGGGGAUCAGACAUGUCCCGUGCGAGAGAGGUAGGUUGAGGUUUCCAGGGUUAGAGUAGAGCAGAAGAUGUCAUCCGCUGAGGCAGUGAAGAAAGAUGGGUUAAGGGGGAGGAGUGGUAAGAGUAGUAGAGAUAUACCAGUACAGAGGGAUGGGCCAAAAAGUUAAAUAUGUUUCAGUAAGAUUGGAUUUUUAGCUUUUAUAGCAGUGGUUAUUAAUUAUACUGCAGGGAUGGUUCGGAAGUAACAGAAAAUGGAGGUUGUGGUGGCAGCUGCUGAGAGGUAUUUGGGUGUGUAAGUUACAUGAUGUAUUAAGUGGUUAUGUCCCAUUCUUUCAGGGUGAUGGCAUGAGGUAAGAAUAAAUACAUUACAUUUUUGGAGUAGGGGGGUGUUUAUUUUAUAUAAUUUUGAAACUAGUGAGUAUAGUGUUAGAUGGUAGGGUAUUUAUUUAGUACAUUAUUUUUCAAGAAAAGUAUAAGGGAGUUGUACUCCAGUCUAGUAGAUGGCGGUAAUGCAACAAAUUGGAUGUCAACCGCUGUUAAAUCUCAUAGAAGAAGAAUACGUCAAAUAGCUUCCGGAUCUUUCCUUCGCAGGUCAAAAAUGUUUGCUGUCCGAAGCAUUCGAUCUUUACAAUUUACAUUUUCACAACUUGGAGGCACACAACAAUGUCUCAGAAGUCUGUCAGGCUCGUCUAAUGUAGUCAAGAAGAACGAUGACAUGCCUUUACAGAUGGAGAAUCCAUAUAAACAACCACAGAAGGGCUGCAUUCUCUGUAACAUCACAGUGGACUUCAAGAAUGUUCAGCUGCUGUCCCAGUUUGUAUCCCCACACACAGGAAGAGUUUACGGCAGGCACAUAACAGGUCUAUGUGGUAAGAAACAGAGGGAGAUCGGCAAAGCCAUAAAGAAAGCUCAUUCGAUGGGAUUCAUGUCUGUAACCCACAAGGACCCACAUUUUAUGAAAGAUCCAAAUAUCUGUGACAUCCGGCACUUGGAGUAACUGUGUCCGCCUGUAUUGUGGAUCUAGUCUAGCAUAGAUACUGUAAUUGUGUAUUAAAACAUUUUUCAAUGUGGAA